UCUUGUUUGUUUAUAAAAAAAUCUUUGCUGCAAUGGCUUCCGUGGAGUCGCAACCACGGUUUGGUCAAUCUGUCAAAGGAUUGUUGUCUGAUAAAGUGGGCUCCUGCAGCGGGGAUGUGAUCGCCCUGACUCGCCAGGUGCUAAAGGGAUCACGGAGUCAAGAGCUUCUGGGACAGGCUGCCAGAAACAUGGUCAUUCAGGAGGACGCCAUUCUGCACUCAGAGGAUAGUUUGAGAAAAAUGUCCAUCAUCACCACCCAUUUGCAAUAUCAACAAGAGGCCAUCCAGAAGAAUGUGGAACACUCCAAAAACCUUCAGGAUCAACUGAGGCAUUUACUGAAAUGAAGUGUGCACUGAGACACUUAAAUGAAAGACUUUGAGCUGCUCCUGUCUGUGUUACCAUGUUGCUUCUUCUGAGAAAAUAUGUGCAGACCCCCCCCCCUGCUGCAACCUUGGGACAACAUUUCCCAGGAAGCCCAAUUCCUCAUUGAAACUAGUGGAGAACCCCCCCCCCCUUACAAUGAUCUCAAACUGUGAUUUUAAUACACAAUUAAAUUAAACACAGACUACCCCUUGCUAAUCAGAACUCUCAGGUAUGUUGUGGUGGGCUGUCAUUACAAUUGCUUCACAGGAACCUAACCAGCUGAGCUAACAAUGUAACAAAUGUCUCAUUUUGUAUAAAAUAAUCCAACAGGCUCCACAUUACAAGAAUCGCAGUACCCCCUGGUGCGCUGUUCACUUAUUUAGCCAUUUAAUCUGUUUUUGAAGGAAAAUCUAAUUUUUCCACUGCUUUCAUGUGUUUGAAAGGAGAGCUUGAAUAAAGUGUCCCACAGCAGUUGCUUUCCAUUGGAGCACUGCGAUUGGUUGGCCAAAACUCUGGGGCGGUGCUUGGCGAAGGGUAAAUUAUAUCAGAAUGUUCUCUAACAUGGCACCUUCCUGAUGUAGCCCCUGGCCUUUUGGACUGGAGGCUGCCUGGAAGUCUCCCCAGGUACAUGCUGUUCUUAUGAAUAUGCAUACCAGCAUAUGGUGGUCUUAUCCUGCAUAUUAGUGACUCUUAUUUAUUAAAGCCCUACUCCAGUCUCCAUUUUAGCUCAUUUAUCACAUGAUUUACUUAACAAAAGGCACAUCUCAAUUGGGUGCCUUUCCUCUUUUGGUCUUUAUUCUUGCAAGCAAGGGGGAGGCCAAUGACAUCAGAAGGCACCAUCAGACCAAUGACCUACUCCAUUGGAGAUUAUUGUUUGGGCAAAAUACCAUCCUCCCCUCUGUGACCCGGAAACCAAUAAGUGGUUGAGGAGUGUGUCAUUUCAUUAGUAGGCAAACAGAAUAGUGUCCUCCCCCACCUACCUUUCAUUGAGGAUACUCGUGUUUCCUACAACAGAAGAGUUUAGAAAAUCUGGCACACCUUUGAAUCAGCUUUUGUUUUGUCAGAGGAGAAAGAUGCACACAAAAAAAUAUAUAUGUCACUCAUUGUUUUAUCUAUAAAAUGUCUUGCACAACUGAACUUUUUUUAAUCACUUAACAUAGUUAUUUUGGGAUCAACCCCGUAAACAUCAUUGCCUAAGGAUGCGCGAGGGGAGAAUGGUCGUCUCCCGAGUGGCGCAGCAAUCUAAAGCAUUGAAUCUCAGUGCAAGAGGCGACACUACAGUCCCUGGUUCGAAUCCAGGCUGAAUCACAUCCGGCCGUGAUUGGGAGUCCCAUAGCGUGGUGCACAAUUGGCCCAGUGUUGUCCAGGUUUGGCUGGGUUAGGCUGUCAUUGUAAAUAAGAAUUAGUUCUUAACUGACUUGCCUAGUUAAAUAAAGGUUAAAUCAAAUUUAAA